CCCUCCCAGCCUCCUGUCCAGUGGCUACCUGGGGCUCUUUCCCAGAUUGUAAAGCAGCCGGGGUGUGAAGCCGACCAUUCACGGCUAUCUUGUGCUGACAUCAAGAAUGGUGGAAUUAUACCUCCACUCCUUAAUAUGCCUUCAUUGGGCACCAGGCAACUUUACCCGAAUAUACAGUGGUUUUGGUAACACUUGCUACAGCAAUUCUGUCCUGCAGGCUUUAUAUUUUUGUAAACCAUUUCGAGAAAAAGUAUUGGAGUACAAAGCAAGAAAUAAGAGAACAAAAGAGACACUUCUCACAUGCCUUGCUGAUCUCUUCUAUAGCAUUGCCACACAGAAAAAGAAAGUUGGAUCAAUUGCACCAAAAAAGUUUAUUGCUAGACUUCGAAAAGAGAAAGAGGAGUUUGACAACUACAUGCAGCAAGAUGCCCAUGAAUUCCUUAACUUCCUGAUUAAUCAUAUCAAUGAAAUAAUUUUAGCCGAGCGGCAUCAGAGUAGUUGCAAACCAAAGAUGGGAAUUGGUGAGGGUCCUACUCCUCAGCCUGAACCAACGUGGGUGCAUGAGAUUUUCCAGGGGAUCCUGACAAGUGAAACAAGAUGUCUCAAUUGUGAAACAGUGAGUAGUAAAGAUGAAGAUUUCUUUGAUCUUCAAGUUGAUGUUGACCAAAAUACCAGUAUCACCCACUGUUUGAAGUGCUUUAGCAACACAGAAACACUGUGCAGUGAUAACAAGUUCAAGUGUGACCACUGCAGUAGUUACCAGGAAGCACAGAAACGAAUGCGGGUGAAGAAGCUACCAAUGAUUUUGGCACUUCAUUUGAAGCGGUUUAAGUACAUGGAACAGUACAACAGGCAUAUAAAGGUUUCCCAUAGGGUUGUAUUUCCUUUGGAGUUGAGGCUAUUUAAUACGUCUGAUGAUGCAGUGAAUCCUGACAGGUUAUAUGACCUGGUUGCUGUUGUGAUACAUUGUGGAAGUGGUCCAAAUCGGGGACAUUACAUUAGUAUCGUAAAGAGUCAUGGUUUCUGGCUACUUUUUGAUGAUGAUAUGGUUGAUAAAAUUGAUGCAUCCACAAUUGAAGAUUUUUAUGGACUUACAUCGGAUAUUCAGAAGUCUUCAGAGACAGGUUAUAUUCUCUUUUAUCAGUCAAGAGAUUGUGUUUAAUGGAGAAAUAGUGCUAAACUAUGUCCUAGCAGCCUUUUGCGAAUACUGUAGGUUUUAUGAGCUUCUGUUUAUAAGUGCCACAUUUCUGUUUGCCACACUGGAUUUUAAUAUCGGUACAGUUAUGCUGUAACAUUAUAAUGAAUGUGGGUCAUGCUAUAUGUGUGUUUUACAGCACUUUCAAAAUUUGAUUUAAUAGCAGUACGUUUUGUUUGGUGGGUUCACUUCCCUGUGGAGUGCUAAAAAGUCACUCACUGAAUGAAAUGAAAUGAAAAUUGAUAUUAGGGAGCAUCACAGUUGUGGUUAAAAUCAGACAACAAUAAUUGUUGAAGACCUGUUUGCAUUUUAUACUCAUGCUAAGCAUAAUUCAUGUCUAAGUCACUAAAUAUUUAUCAGAGCAAAUGUUGUAGAGAAAACUAAAAUGCAUGGUUUAUGUUCAGUACAAUUUUUCCAUCAGUUUUAUGGUUUUUGAGACAAACAGAUGGGAGUGAACAUGUUAGAAUUGUUACAUUAUUUGUACAUUUCCUGACUUUCUUUUGUAUGGAUCCUAUUAUGCUAUGAUUAUAUGGCCAUCAGCACAACAGUCUUAAAAUAAAUAAACCAAUAUUAUUUUAAUAACAUUUAUUAUACUGUGCUGUGUGAUUCUGCUAGGAGUCCUAACAGAAUCACAGAACAACCACAAUAUCCAGUAGUGGAAAAAAGUAGUAUCUCCAUGCAAGAUGCAACAUAUACAACACAAACCAAAACAUAAUGAUUCCACCACUGUUAUUCGUGACACCACAGAAAGGAAUGUAGAGAAUAUAUACAGAACUUAUAGCAUCGUUAGCACUCAAGUAAACACCCACAUAACAUACGUAACGGACUAAAAACAAUGCCAAAAAAACACCCAACUACCCUCUACUCUAUGACAACUCACCACUGGCACUCACUUUAGUUACAAGAUAGUUUCAUUUUAAUUUAAAUUAUAAUUGAUUUAACAGUUACUUUUAACGUUCUGAUAAAGAUUUAAAUAACUGUUUUAACGUCUUAACCUGUAAGACUGAUAUUACAUCAAUUUAGUAACAUAAUGAGACACAUACAAAAAAUUUUAACGAUAUUUAUAUCAGUACAAUUACUAAUAUGGAUCCAUACUAGGACACAAUCCAACAAUGAAAGAUGUAUCAUGAAAACUGCCUGAUGAUGAUCCAGGUGGGUCGAAACAUGUAGCAAAUACAGAAUAAUAAACAAAUGUUAAUACAAGUACAGUAAUAUUGGUUUAUUUAUUUGGAGAUUGCUGUGUUGACAGAUUUAUACGUAAUAGAGCCACAUUCACUAAUGUGUUUUUGGUUAUUAUUUCCCAGCUCAGUAAUGUAAUAUCUCUGGUGAUAUCUUCAGUAUAUUGUAAACUGUUUUAGUUUCCUGUAUUUUAUCAUUGUAAUAGGACCUGUGUGUUGCUUAAAAUACCUAAUGCUGAUGUGAAGCACAUACAUGGACGCACGCUUAGGAGCAAAUAA